CCCGCGGGGCCGCUUCCGCGCGCCUUCCCGCCGGCCCCGCCCCUCCCACCGGCCUAGGAGCAUGGCGGCGCCCGGGGCUCGUUGUCCCUUGGCACACUGGGGCACGGUGGAGGAGUGGGCCACCCUAGGGCAUCCUGGGAGCUUAGGGCAGGCGGCCCCUCUGCAUUGUGGGAAACUACGGGCCGCAGUGUCCCAAUGCGUCCUGGGAGCUGAACCAUCGCAGCCAGAUGCAUCCUGGGAUUUGGGUCGCUGUUCCCGGUAGAAUGGGGGGAAAUGUGCCACACCACCCAGGUUGUCUGGGGAGCUGGACCGAGCUCCUACCUUUUGCAUUGUUGAAACCGGGGCUCUGCCUCGGUGUCUGUUGAGAUCGAGGUCAGAUUCGCUCGACGCAUUGUGGGAGAUGUGGCAGCUGGGGGCCAUAGGAACCUGGGGCAGUCUGGGAGCAGGGACGAGGUGCUCUGGCAUUUUGUUGGAACUCCCUCGUAGUUUUCCUGUUGUCUGGUCCUUAAAGCUGUACCCUGUGGAAGCUGACCCUCGAUGACCCCGGGUCUCUUGGGAGCCUUACUGGAGGGCCCCAGUCAUCCCCAAAAGGAAAGUUGAACUUAUACACCUUGGCAUUCCCUCCAUCCUUGGCCCCAGGGCAUUCUUGGAGUGAGUCAUUCAUUCGCGAUUCCUGCUCAGUGUUCCUGUAAAGGCCAGAACUACUGGAAAGAAGAAGCCCUGCUGUGGAAAGCUGGCUGGGGGGGGGGAAACCCCGUACUGCUGUUGCUGUCACUGCUGGACAUCCCCUCCUAGCACCCUCCCCCAGCCAUGACAGAGACCAGAGAGACUACUGAGACUGGGGGCUAUGCCAGCUUCGAGGAGGAGGAUGAGGAGCUGUCCCCAGGCCCAGAGCACCCCUCUGAUUCAGACUAUACCCUCUCAGAGCCUGACUCAGAGGAGGAUGAGGAAGAGGAAGAUGAAGAAGAAGAAACAACAGAUGAUCCAGAAUAUGAUCCUGGCUACAAGGUGAAGCAGCGCCUCGGUGGGGGGCGGGGGGCACCCUCUCGGAGGGCCGCUCGGGCUGCCCCGCCCCCAGGGCCCCAACCCUGUGCCCUGUGUGGCCGCCCACCCCCUGGGGAGGGUGCCUCGGCCCCUGGGGGCCCACCCUGUCGGCUUUGCCGUCCAGCUGCCCCUCAGGCAACAGCCUCUGCUCGAAGUGCUGCCCAACCCCAGGUGGGUGAGGAGGAGGAUGAAGAAGAGGAUGAGGAUGAAGGGGCCACCUCCACUGGAGGUGAUGGGCCCCCUGGGGAUGAGGGGGGUGCUUACCACUGCACAGAAUGCGAGGAUUCAUUCGACGACCUUGGGGAGCUGCAUGGCCACUUCAUGCUUCAUGCCCGAGGGGAGGUGUGAGGCCAGCCCCUCCUUGGAGGGUGGUUGCAAGUUCAGUGGGUAUAGGGCUGAGACAAGGGAUCACUGGGGGAUGUGGAGCCGCCAAUUAAGUUUUUAUCUUCUGGACAGUAGCUGUGUUAGGGUUCGAAUAAAGCCAGAUUUCUGUG